UUUGUUGAUAUCAUGGCGUCGGACAGCAAAGCGAGAACCAACAAGCAUUCAACUGUAUCAUUUACUCUUCCGAUUUCAUGUCAGAUUUGUUUAGGAAAGGUUAAGCAGCCAGUUCUGUGCCCAAAUAACCAUGUGUUUUGCCAACUGUGCCUUGAAAUAUGGUUACAGAGAAACAACCAGUGCCCAACCUGUAGAGUUCAAAUCUCUGAGCAGAAUCCAGUCAAACACAUUAUUGGUGGUCAAAUCGAUGAGGAUGAAAAUCCUGGUAUUAAAAGCUCACCCAACUUGCGAAGAGCAAGGUUUGAUCUCUUGUAUCAGGAAUAUGAGGACCAGUUUGAAAAGUUGAGGAAAGAAAUCAUUGUGUUGCGCACAGAAAACAAUAUCUUGUUGGCCCAACUGCAAGAUGCCGAAGACAAAAACAGCAAGGCCAGUGCUAAAGAUCAUUCUACACAGCAUGGGCAAAAAAGUUCAUCGCAUGAAAAUGAAAUUGCAAGUCUGCUAACCCUAAACAAAAAUCUACAAGAGGCCCAGAAGCUUUAUUCUGAACUAAAAAGUGAAAUGACCCACACUAAAUCAGAAAAUGGUAAACUGAAAGAUGAAAAUGUCAGCCUGACAAGGGAAAAUGAAAACCUACGGCUAGAGUUGGCACAAAGAUCACCCAAAAAGUUUGGUCGCUACACUGUUGCAACCCUGGAGACCAAAAUUUCUGAGCAAGAGAAGGAAAUCAACCAGCUGAAGAAGGCUCUGGAGCGAAGUGACAGGUACAUUGAAGAGCUGGAGGACAAAGUCUCCCACCAGACUGUCAACGUCCUCAUCAGAGCUGAUCAUAAAAAAACAGAACAGAGGCACGGAGAGGCAAACAAGUUUCAGAUUAACCUGGAGCCAAAAAAGACUUACACUGAUUCCGCUUCCGUGGCUAAAGAAACAGGCGCCAAGCCACCUACAAGUGCUGACCAUACAGUCAGCAGACCCCAGCACCCAGUGGACCCCACAAAGAAACUUUUAUUUGGUAAAUAUUAUGUUGAUGAAAAAACGACAACAAAGAGCAACCCAGGUACCAGCGCUCACUCAACAUCUGCCCAUACAGGUCAGCCUGCAUCAAAAAAGGCUCCUCCACAUAAAGCCCAUGAGCCUCACUAUCAUGAGAACUACCACUCCUCCUCCAGAGAAGUGUUUAAAGAUGCACAUGUGCAGCAUAAGGAUGAGGGAGAAAGCAAGGACAGAACACCAAAAAAAGUUCAUUUCAGUGAGCUGAACCCAAAGCCUAAAAACGGUUCCUUUGAUCUGGAGCUCCCUAGCCCAAUGGACAAGGAACACAGUCACCAAAGUUCUCACAAACCACACAGCUCGUCACAUGCAAAAAUGAGUGACUCCGAGUUUGAGGAUAAAAUUUCACAGCUUUUAGAAGAUUACAGCACUAGCCCAUCUGCGCUAGCUAGGAAAGCAAAUGUAAAUUCUGAUCAUAAGAAAAAAUCAGAUAAGAAUUACAUGACUUCAAUCAAAAAUGAGCCGGAGAAACAUCGUGAUUAUAAUGCUCAGAACGCAAAUGACAGCAGUCACCUAAGUCUCCCAGACCUGAGCUCCUCAGCUUCAGACCAAUUCCCUGUCUACAUUAAAAAAGAACCUGUAGACUUGGAUUACUCCAUGACCCCUGAACUCACGGACUGCCUGGAGUUGAUGACCAGAGCAGAGAGGAACAUUGUUUCCCUGCCAGGAGAGUCUAGCACAGCCCCCUCUUCUGGUCAAACAACCCAGCACCCACAUUCACUGCCCCGCCCCAGCAGUGUCCCACCCCUGGUGCCGAGCUUGAAUGGGAAGAUCUCCCCGGUGGUUCGGAGUAUGAGUGAGAUCUCCCAGGGUAGCAGAUCUAGCUGGGAACAUCAGUUCUACACUUCUCUCAGGUCCAACCCAUAUGACACAGCAGGUGGCACAAAUACCCACACACCUGGCAUCAACUUCAAACAAGAACCUGCAGACACAUACCUGAACGUCAAACAAGAACCUACAGACACCUACCUGAGCGUCAAACAAGAACCUAUAGACACCUACCCAAACAGCCAAGUAAACAACACCAAUGUUGAAAGAAGAAUCUUGUACUCCUUAGACCUUGACGCCGUCAGAAAUUUAGGAACUAAAUCCAAAGGUGAUUUUAAUUUCAGCGCACCAAUUAAAGUUGGUCCGACGACAUCAUCAGGCCAUCUACCUCAGCAUACGUUUUCAUUCACUGACCCCAUUCAACUUUUACCACCUGGGUCACGAGGGCUUCCAAAUCCAUUUUCUUUCAGUCACACCGAUCUGCCAUCUAGCAACUACAGCAGUAUUUUAAACAGCAAUGCUCAUCACGCUUACACGCUGCCUUCUAGUACGUCGCUGUUAUAUUCUUCAAUUCCCAACUUGUCUACUCAGGACCUUCUGUCUAGACAGUCUCAUAGACAUCUGAAACCAAUCAGUCAAAAUGAUGAGUACUCACAGGCAAGUAAAACCAACCACUCCAACACCAUGUUAAAAAAUGUCCUCUCCUCAUCCCUGAACUCUUCAGAACUUGAAUGGCCUGAGAGCUCACCGCCCCACCCCAGGCAGUAUGGGACGACCACGGGCGGCAGUCGGAGACCAAAUGGGACGGUGUUUUCCAAGGAUGCUCUCAGCGCUGAGCUGUCUGUGCCAGCCACCUCAGGGAAACACAACUACUCACUAGACACCUUGGACAUGAGUGAUGCAUCUUCCAUUGCACCAGAACCAAAGAGAAGACUCUUUGAAACAGAUGAUGAUCUUGACUUCAGUCUGGGGUCUAAAACCAGCAAGAGAUAGAUUACCUUUACAUUUUUUACCCAAAUAAAAAGAGUAAACUCAAUACUAUAGAGUUCUAAUAUGUACUUGUCACACAACUGUUAAUUUGAAAAAUACUUCAUUAGAAAAAGCAUUACCUUACGUAACUUAAAAUGAAAAGAAGGGUGUAUAAUAAAAUGCAUUAUUAACCAGAGGCUAAUAAUUGAGUAAGUAGGCCUAAUUGAUAUAAUUACAAUUGGAAACAAAAGCUGAAAAAAAAGUAAUUUAGCAACAGAUAUUCCAGUAAAAUGUGUUCAUUAUUCUAGCACCACUCUUCUAGAGAAGCCUAGCUCAUUCAUGUUUACAUAUCUGUGAUCAGGGGUCUUCCUGUCAUUUUUUUUUUCUUUUUUGUUGAAGUCAAUCCCUCAAGAAAGGUGUUUGUCUUCAUGAAAUUGUUUUAAGUGUAUUCGUGCAACAAAAUUUGACUCAAAUGUUUUGAAGGUAAUUUUGUUUUACAAUUUUCUUUAUUUACUGUAUAGUAAACACAAUAGAAUUCACAUCAUGAAUUAUAUUGAAAUCUGUAUGGCAUACAGUAUACAAAAUCUAGCACUUUGUAUGGAACCAGAAAGAAUGAGAAUAUUUUUUCUUAACCUAAUGCAGGACAUUUAACAAAAAAAAUAAUAAUAUCCCUCUAAAAAUGUCGCUGGGGUUUUAGGUCAAACUGAACAUUAUUGUUAUUUUUUAAAAACAAUCUACCUCAAGUUUUUGAUAGUAUCGAAGUCUCAUGCCACUUCAAUUGUUGACCAAUCUCAAAACCCUGGGUUAACAACUUAGUAUUGAGAGAAUAAAAAAAAGUGAAAUUACUAAUUUUCUUAAGGAAUUUAAUAGAGUGUUGCCCACCAGCAUAGUAGAACUGACAUUCUCAGUCGUUUUUUGCCAAAUCUUUUUUUAUAAUUCUUUACAAUUAAAUUUAUUUACCAUGUUUUUAUGAAAAUUGUACAUUUUUCUUUUGU